AUGAGAAUUUAUUCUAUCUAAUAAAAGAUUUUAAUCCAAUUCAUAUUGAUGAAUAAAUUGCUUUUUAAUCAAUCUUUAAAUAAAAAUUUAUUCAUGGAAUGCUAUCAUCUAGCCUUAUUUCUACAUUAGUAAGUAUAAUUCCCUGGGGCUAUUUAUUUAGAACAAUCUAUCAUUUUUAAAACUCCAAAAUUUUUUGAAGAGUAAAUUUUACCUUAAAUUCUUAUAAAGAUAUCAAACUUAUUCAAGAAAGAUCAAAUUUAAAACUGA